AUGAAGUACAUCAUAGAGCAUAUGGAAGAAGGGUUCUCAGAAUGGGUCAUUCUUGAGUAUUCGCAAAUCAUUAGGGAUAUUGGAAAGGAAAACCUUAUUCUUACCUCACUUCCUGCAAACACUACCGAAGCCGAUAUUCCUCAGCAACUACGCGAUUUGGGACUUCAAUGGACAACAAAGGAAUGUGUAGACAUCAUCCGCGCAGAAAACAACGGCACUAUUAACAAAGACCAAGUAUGUCUUCUUGAUCCUGCUGCAGAAACAGAUUUGUUGCCUCUGGAUAAAUCCGAGUUCACCUAUUUCGUCUUUGGAGGCAUUUUGGGCCAACACCCACGUAUAGACAGAACAGGUAUUCUUCGUGCCAAGUAUGGAUUUGCGGGUCGUCGAUUGGGUGCAUUGCAAAUGACUACCGACACCGCAGUGCGCACAACACAGAGGAUAAUUGAACGAGGACAAAAGUUUGAAGAUAUAAAGUUUUUGGAUUACCCUGAGAUCAAGUAUAACAAAUAUGAGUCUACAGAAAUGCCAUUUAGAUAUAUUGUUAAUGAACAAGGUGAGCCGAUCUUACCCGAAGGAAUGUUGGAGUUGAUCAAACAUGAUGCUGACCAAAGUAUCGACGACUUGUUAAUUGGUGACUAA